AGCCACACUCCCACCGUGUAACCCUCCGCCGCCGCUGCGUGAUUCUCUGCUGGGACUCAUGUUAGUCUCGGGACGCCCAGCUCUGAUCAGACCAGCAGGGAUGAUUCAGAGGAAGGAGGUCGUGCUGUCUGCCCUGCGAGAGCUCCAGGAGGCCACGGAGAGCGCCGGCCUGGACGCUGUGACCAGAGUGGCCCUGGAGGUCGAGCAGGUCCUGGCUCCUUUCCUGCUGCCCAAGGUGUCCUGUCUGGACUGCCUGGAGUCGGCCGGUGUGGACGACACGGCCCAUGCUCUGUACCCCGCCGAUGCACCCGAGGGACUCCUGCCUCUGAACUGUAACGGCGAAGGCAACUUGCUGUUUGACGCAGUGAGCACGCUGCUGGUGGGCAACACCGGACUCAGCUUGGAGAUACAGGUGCGGACCGUAGUGGAAAUGGUGCUGUGGAAGAGGUACUACUUGUCCGAGAUGAUUGACUCCAAAAUGAUGCUCCAAGCCGUCCGCUUCAGUUUGUGCGCAGAAGAGUCCGAGGACAUGCUCAACCUCCCCGUGGCAAUUUUGGAAGCCAUCUUUGAUGCAGAUGUCAAGGCCUCCUGCUUCCCCGGCUCCUAUGCCAACAUGUGGCACGUGUAUGCUCUGUCAUCGGUUUUCCAGUUCAACAUCUACUCCAUCUACCCCAUGUUCAACCUCAAGAUCAGGCCCUAUUUCCACCGACUCAUACGUCCCAGGAGCGGGCUGGAAGAAUCCGAACCCCAAACCAUACACAUAAUGUGGUCCGGCGAGCUGCAGUCCGAGUCGUUGUUCAGGCCCAAUUAUUUCGCCGCCCUGGUUCAGAGAGGUCCGAACGUGCCAGGAAGCCCCGAUGGCGAGCUCGAGUCGUCUCCCGUGGAGAGCACAGACCAGCCGAACCAGGAGUCGGAUCUUUCUUACCCCAACCUGAAGGGCAAGUACAACAUCACCAAGAGGACCUUCUACCGCUGGAAGAGGCAGACGCAGGAACACUGCAAAAAGUCAGCAGCUCGGUACGAGGCAAAGUAUUUCCUGCAGGCUUGUUACUUGGAGGGCAAGCUCAUCCCUUUGCACCAGUUUAAAGAGUUUUUCCCGGAGAUCUCAAGGUCUUCAUACUAUAACUGGAAGCACGAGCUGUUGAGGUCUGGAGGAAACUUCUCCAACUCAUCCUCAACGGGGGAGAUUAGUCCUGGCGAGAGCACGGAGCACGAGGUCUGGUCCUCUCCUGAAGCCAAGCCGGAUGAGGCAGACCACCACGACAGCCUGGCCAGCAUGUUCGGCCUCAGCUUAGGCAAGCUGGACGUGGAGCGGGCCCAGAAUGUGACUCAUAUGCAGGAAGCCAAGCGCUGCCUGCAGAAUUGCAUCGCCUCCAACACCUCCUUCCCCUUCAGGAUCUUCAAGAGAAACUUUCCAGGAAUCUCAAGAUCGACCUAUUACAACUGGAGGAGAGAAGCCAUGCUCUUUAACAGGGGCUACAAACGCAACGUUGCCAGCAGCGAGGACAGCUCGGAUGCUGACAAGAGCCAAAGCCCAAAAACUCAUUCGUCAAUGCUGCCCACCUUCAAUCCGUCCGUCAUGUCGAGAACCAGAAUCUGCAGACGAAAACACAAGAGUUUCAGGCUGGCGUAUAUGAGUAAAAAACAGCUCAGAGAAGUGGCGAAGUUGCACGUCCAGAAGUCCAAAUGGUCCCUGACGAAGUUCAAGCUCAAGUUCCCCUUCAUGUCCUCUUGUCUCUACUGGCUCUGGCGUAGCAGCGAGAAGACAAAGACCAAGAAGAAGACCGUCAGCCAGAAUGCACAGAUCGACGUCCCGGCGAGUGCGGAGGACGCAGGCGGAGGAAACGAGGUGACGGAGAGCCGCAGCGAGCUCCCAUUGGUCAGCAUCCCAAAGUUCCUGGAAGCUCCUGCGGUGGCUCCCUUUGAUGCUCCUCACUCAAAGCACACCUUUCAUACAAAGGCCCCCGUAGAUGAGCAGGUGUUUUCCAUGGAUGUUGUGGCUCUGGCCAACUUCAAGGCCAGGGCCAAGCUCUUCCUGCAGCAACGCUUUGAAGAGCAAUCCUUCCCCACCUUUAAAGAAUUCCGGUCGUAUUUCCCAUUCACUGCACGCUCCACAUACUACAUGUGGAAGCGCGCUUUGCAUCACGGAGUGUCGCUGGUCCACGGGUAACUGUGACGCCUUUAUUCCGCCAAAAAAUGGAAGUGAUGC